GAGGUUGAAGAUACAUCCCCCAAUCACUGCUCUACCAGCUUUAAGGUGCUGGUGGUAUCCCCCCUGUUUGAAGGAAAGCCCCUGCUACAGAGACACAGGUGAGAGCAAGGUGUGGUUUAUGGGAGAGGUUGGAGGAGACCAGACGGCAUUUCACAGCCCGGGGUCCAGUGCUCUAUAAAUUGAAAGGAUAAUCUAAGCAUUAUAUCCAAAACCCUCUAUUGUAGUGGUUAUAGUGUUAGUAGUUGGUGCUUUCCCCUGGUUCUGGGACAAAAAUGGGUUUAAAGCAUUUUAACCAAAAACUGGGGACCUGGUGCCUGCGCACACUCACAUUAAGCAUAAUCCGUUCAUCCAUCUUUGAAUGGCUAUUGAAUGACAUCCUAAUCCACGCCACCCAAAUCUGAAUGAAGUGGAUAUUGCGAUUGUGGAAUCUGGCAUACUUAAGCUGUCACUAACCUGGUGUACACAAUGCGUGGCUGUCACUAACCUAGUGUACACAAUGCGUGGCUGUCACUAACCUAGUGUACACAAUGUGUGGCUGUCACUAACCUAGUGUACACAAUGUGUGGCUGUCACUAAUCUGCUGUACACAAUGUGUGGCUGUCACUAAUCUGCUGUACACAAUGUGUGGCUGUCACUAAACUAGUGUACACAAUGUGUGGCUGUCACUAAACUAGUGUACACAAUGUGUGGCUGUCACUAACCUGCUGUACACAAUGCGUGGCGGUCACUAACCUAGCGUAAACAAUGUGUGGCUGUCACUAACCUAGUGUACACAAUGUGUGGCUGCCACUAGGUUGGUGUACACAAUGUGUGGCUGUCACUAACCUAGUGUAAACAAUGUGUGGCUGUCACUAACCUAGUGUAAACAAUGUGUGGCUGUCACUAAGUUGGUGUACACUAUGUGUUGUUGUCACUAGGUUGGUGUACACUAUGUGUUGUUGUCACUAACCUAGUGUACACUAUGUGUUGUUGUCACUAACCUGGCGUAGACUAUGUGUGGUAGUAUCUCAUUUCUUUAAGGCAGUUUGAUGACUCUCUGCUGUCCCCUGCAGGUUGGUGAACAGUUGUCUGUCUGAGGAACUAAAGGUGAUACAUGCAUUUGAACAGAAGACGCUGACUCCAGCUCAGUGGGAAGUAGAAAAGAAGAAAUGA